AGAUCCUCAGGAUGAACGUUCUCAGACUCACACUGAUUGGCUUACGCUCAAUGUCGGCGGACGCUGCUUCACCACCACCAGGAGCACGCUGGUCAGUAAAGAGCCUGAGAGCAUGUUGGCUCACAUGUUCAGAGAGAAAGAUGUGUGGGGGAACAAGCAGGACUCUCAGGGGGCGUACCUGAUCGAUCGCAGCCCGGAUUACUUUGAACCCAUCCUGAAUUAUCUGAGACAUGGACAGCUCAUCAUCAACGAAGGGAUCAACCCACUGGGCGUCCUGGAAGAGGCUCGUUUCUUUGGUAUUGAGCAGCUCGCCGAGCAGCUGGAAGCUCUCAUCAAGUCCUCGCAGCCGCCUGAUGACCACUCACCUCUGACCCGCAAAGAGUUCAUCAGAUUCCUGUUGGGCACGACCACCAAGUCAGAGCUGCGGUGUCAGGGUCUGAACUUUAACGGUGCAGAUCUGUCUCGACUGGAUCUGCGCUACAUCAACUUCAAGAUGGCCAACCUGAGAGGAGCCAACCUGACGCACGCCAACCUGAGCGGGGCCAACCUGGAGAGAGCUGACCUGUCCAUGGCGUGUCUCGAC